CCAUGUGUCCACAGUUCAUUGUGUCAAUCCGAACGAGUGCGUGCACGUUUUUGUUUGUUUUGCAUUCCAUUGAUAAAUUGUGAGAAGAUUUGUAUAAAAGUUGGAUAUUUCUCGGAAUAAACAUCAAAAUGAAGCGUUUGGACGAAGAGAGAGCAAAAGUUUUCUUCGAAAAAUUGGCUAAGUACAUUGGUGAGAAUGUAAAGCAUUUGAUCGACCGGUCCGAUGGAACAUAUUGCUUCCGUGAGCAAAACAACAAAGUUUAUUACGUGUCGGAGAAAAUUCUGAAAUUGGCCGAAAAUGUUGGACGAGACAGAUUGAUCAGUUUGGGCUGUUGCAUGGGAAAAUUUUCCAAAACCAACAAAUUCAAAUUCAAUAUCACCGCACUCACCUAUUUGGCACCAUACGCACAGUACAAAGUUUGGUUAAAAUCAUCGGCCGAACAGCAGUUUUUGUAUGGAAAUCAUAUUACCAAAUCCGGAUUAGGACGCAUCUCUGAAAACACACCCAAACAUCAAGGUGUCGUUGUGUACUCAAUGAACGAUUUACCAUUAGGCUUUGGUGUCACAGCACGGUCAACGGCCGAUUGCAAAACCACCGAUCCACUCACCACCGUUUGUUUCCAUCAGGCCGAUAUCGGCGAAUACAUUCGUAGUGAAGACACUCUAUUUUGAUUACUGUAAUUCGAAUUUAAUUUUAAUAAAUGAAAAUUAAUGUAAAUACGAAUAUGGGUUUGGAUUUGUCGUAUCACUCAG